GGCAAUGUCAUAUCGGCUGCACACGGACCGCCCAUGACGUGGACGUUCAGUUGGCGAGCAAGUUAGCAGGGGACCGUGUGUCAAGACCGGACACUAUAUACCGGGGCAUGACAAUCCAUCCUGGAAGAGGUAAUCGAACGAGGCCGCAUUCUGAAAACUCUGCAUACGAUCGGCUGGCACGAGCGCUAGGAACGGUUAAUGGGAUCAUGAUCGUCGACCGGACCUGUCCCCCCAACCGGAUGACGUUUGACAAGAGGAAUAUCAUUACUGGACGACGGAGGGGGAGACAACCGGUCGGACUUUUUGUCCGCAGCCUCGUGCAAUCCUGGCAAAGACGGGCGGGAGAAAAGCGAUCAGCUAAUAUUAAUAAUGACAUUCAGGGAUACGAAGGAGGAUUGAUUGAUAAUGGAGAAAUUGACGGAAUUACGGCGUUUGUCGCGGUGGGUCGGACUCUCGGCUUCGCUGCUCCGAGACGGGCAGAGUUGCCUGAUCCAGCCAGGCCGGAAAGAAUGGGAUUGAGAAGGGUUCCGGACAGAUCCAUGGACCUGGGCUCAACGGGCCUUCACGAGGGAAUGCAACGGACGGGAGAAAAAAAAUGAAAAGAAAAAGAAAAGGAAAAAGAACGGUUCCGAAGCCGAGCCGGUGCCUCCCUAUAGGGCAAGGAUUGCUAGUCAGUUAGUGCAGUGUUUAGUCGGACUAUCAAGCAUUGACCGCCAAGCCCGCGCCC